AUCCUACAUAUUAAACCCAAACAAUCUAUAUAAAAACAAAAAUAAAACUACACGAUGCAUUAGCUGGGUAUAAUCCUAAUAUGACAUGAAUAAGAAUAACCUUCAAAGUUCAGACUACACAAAAUUGGGCAUUCCUAUUCAUUGGAUCAGAAUUGAGAUAGAGAAAUCCAACAAAAUCUUAUCUCUUUAAAGGUCCCACAUUGCCCUUCCAUCACAAAUUUUUUUUCCCACCAAAAAAAUAGUGAAAACGCUGAAACUCUUGCAACCCAGAAAAAGGAGGAAGAAGAGAGCAACAAUGGCAGUCGCAGCAUCUUUUCUCUCAACUGCUAAUCUCUCAUCAUCCAAAUCCUUAUCAUCCUCCUCUUCUUCAUUAUCUCUUACAAUUUUCCUUCAGAAAAGUAAUGUUAUCAGACAACAGUUGUUAGUACCCUUCUGCAAAACAAAGGAUACAGAAUCAUCAUCAUCAUCAGUAUCUUUAUGUCUGAGUAAAAGAAGCUUUGCCCUAUCUCUUUCAUCUUCCUUCCUUCUCUCUUUGGCAGGGAAAGGUGGGCGUCUUGCCGAAGCGGUGCCAUUGGAAGAUGAGGAUGAUUUGGAGCUCUUGGAGAAGGUGAAGAAAGACAGGAAGAAGAGGAUUGAAAGACAAGGAAUCAUCAACUCAUCUUCUAAGGAAAAAGGGUAUCUGCAAGAUGUUGUGUACAAGUUAAGUGAGGUUGGGCAAGCCAUAGAAAGCAAUGAUCUAAAUGCAGCUAGUUCAGUUCUUGGCGCUAGUACCGACACUGAGUGGAUUAAGAACGCUAAUUCUGCCUUGACCAAGCUUAGCUUAGGCCCUGAGGAGAAGGAAGAAGUUGAUAUGUUUAACACCUCCAUUUCAAAGCUGAUAUCAUCUGUGGCUCAAAAAGACGUGGAAACAUCUAAGAUGGCCUUUGUGACAUCAGCUAAUGCAUUCGAGAAAUGGACAACUCUAACAGGAUUAGAUGGAGUUCUGAAGGGGCUUUGAAUGAGAUUUUCUUAUUCAAACUUUGUAUCCCAUUUUUGAGUGAGAGUUGUAUUGUCUUUUUGUUUUUAGUAUAGAUUUCAUACAAUUCUGCUUUUGAUUUGUAAAGAGUUUUACAGACCCUUUUAGAUCGGCAACAGUGUAUUAAUCAUUUGUGUAUCCUACAAUUUCUUAGAUCAAACAUUCUUUUCACAUGUAACCCUUGUAGUCAA